AUGUCAGACAAAGAUGCAUCAGCAGAUCAUGUCCAAGCAAAUCGAAUGCUGGCUCGCAAAAGACUUCGGGCCAUGGCAGCGCAACGCGAUCACGCAGGACCGUCGUCAGUCCGAGACGCCUCAACCCAACGCAGUCACCACACGCCACCGGCAUUGUCAGGUCCGGGUUCAGGUCCAGGUUCGCAAGCGCUACCUCGUGAUAAGGCACUCGGUGACUACAUCGAGUUCGAUCUUACACGGCUACACAAUUCCAAGGGUGGAUUUCUGGUUCAAGAGCACGAUGGCAAGGAUGCAAUCUUAGCAUUAGAGGAGCAGCGCAAAGAGCGAGAACGAGAAAAACAGCGCCUCCGCGAUCAAAUGGAGCCGGGUGUGAGUCUUGACCCAACCACUCGACCAGUGUGUGAGAUGUGUGGCUCAUCUGAUAUCAUGUAUGAGCCUUUUUUGCGUGUAUUCAAUGUGUGCGUGUGUCGGUCAUGUGAGCGCGAACAUGCUGAGCGGUACAGCCUGCUGACGAAGACGGAGGUGAAGGAAGAUUAUUUACUGACAGACGCCGAGUUGGCUGAUGCCGAGCUGCUUCCCCAUCUGUUAAAAAAGAAUCCGCACAAAUCUACCUACAGUAACAUGAUGCUGUUUCUUCGUGGUCAGGUGGAAGCGUAUGCAUUUUCCGAUGCCAAAUGGAAGUCCGCUGAAGGCCUCGAUGCCGAGUAUCAGCGGCGAAAUGACGAAAAGGCGCGAAAACGCACACGAAAGUUUCAGCAGAGUCUAGACCGUCUUCGGAAGAGAACUAUUCGUGAUAAUAUAUGGCAGCAACGUCGCGACGCACAGCAUGUGCAUGACUGGCAGCCGCUUCGUAGCUCGAUGCCCACGAACCAGCAGCAGUGCCGGAGUUGUGGUCAGCGCGUAACGGUGGAGGAAUUGUAG